UGACGGUUGAGACGCGCGUCACGCUGAUUGCAUCAUCAUAAUUUCGCCGUGUUUUCGGUUGCAUUUCGACAAAUCGACAACGUCAACGCAUUCUUGGAUAAAUGGUGGAUGUUCCUGGUAUUCCGAAAGGCUUGUACCGCAUCCCACCCGGAUGUCCUCUGAUUGGGAAUAAGCUGCCUGUACACGAUGGCCAUCCGGAUAUAAGCUUCGACAAAGUUAACAAAACUUCACCCGCAUUAUCCAGGUGAAAAAAGUGAGAAAGGGCUCCACAUCUGACAUGCACCGUGUUAAGACUUAACUCUGGGGAGAGCAAAGCCGAAGAGGGCCCAUAAAUGAGGAAAUUGUUUUUCAGAUGUAUUCCAGGAGCGAUGAAAUUGCUACUCCUGAGUAGCAAUUCUAGUAGAAGUUCUGAGCUGAGUGGAGAGGUUCAUUGUCCGCGAACAAAUCACUUUUGAAGCAAGUUUCCAGCGACACCCAGAGAAUAUCAAUUCACGAUAAUGGCAACCGUCGAAUCAAAAGAAGUGAAAAAAGCAGAAUCGAACACUCUAGAUUCAACAAAUGAACCAAAGAGAAAUGUUCCGUUGGGACCAAGCACAACAACUGAAGAAAAGACACCUGAAUCGGAAAAUGUCGAAUCAAAAGAAGUUAAAGAUGAAUCGAACAAAAGCGAAUCCGCAAAUGAAUCAGACAACAACCCUCCUGUGGAGCAAAGCUCAACAACUGAAGAAGAGACGCCUGAGCCUUUGCAGUCUUACGUAAUGCAAAACUUGGUAAUGGUAACACCAUUCGAACAUCACGUGACUAAUUUUAAGACCAUGUCGGGCGGCUCUUGCGUUGUAAGGGAUGUCGGAAAUUCAAGAAUCUUGGACGGUCCAACUUUUGAUUUGAGCAAAUAUUUACCCAAAGUUCCUGAUGAGGAAGGAUCUUCUAAAGAAAUUUCACCAAACUUCGAUGCUGCUGAAAGCGACAAUCCUCUGUUGGAGCAAAGUUCAACAACUGGAAAAGAGUUGCUCGCUCCCGAAUUCCAGGACUUGGCCAAAGCAGCACCACCAAAACAGCCCUUGAAUAAUUCUCCGACUAAGAAAAGGGAUAGUUUAUCAUCUCAUGGAGAUUCUGUAAGAUAUGUACAUACUUUAAAACCAAAGAAGCAUGAUACCCGCCAUUGUUGCAUCAUCAUGUAAAACUGCAUCUGCAGUUGUGAACAUUUGAAUUUGACCCAAUUUUGUUAGAAAUUGAUCAACCGUUGUUUUUUUAUCAAUUUUUUUUUAAGUCUAUUUUCUAUUUCUAAUGUGAAUGUGCGGGCUCAUCAAGCAACGAUGCCAGCUCCUUCUCAACUAGCCUUCCAGUAGCGGAAAUACAGAAGUGCGCCACCACUUCCAGCACUUCAACGGUUGAUCAAUUUUUUAGAAAUGAAAAUGUUUUUGAUAAGAGAACUGUAAGAGCUAAGGUGUAUGUUUGCAUAGUUUUUACUAAGUAAGAUAAUAUAUUAAGAGAAGUGAUCAUUCUAUUAAUAAUCAAUCCUGUAUAAUAAAUAAAUUCCUGUUUUGGAAUGUAGCGGUUCCCGCUUAUUGGCGUUAACUUAGUUUGUAACCUUUAGAUGUCACUUGUAACUGUAUGAUAAGCUUUACUCAUUUACCCUGUAUAAUACACCUUCACUGACCGCUCACCUACGCACGCCUAUAUACGGUCAUGUCGCAUUUACCUCUCCGGCCGGGAGUAUAAUAUGUCGUGCGCAUAUAUGACGCUGAUAAUAACUAAUAGACCCGAAGAUAAUACCGGGGUAAGCAUUGCAUUGAACUGUGAUAAUAAUUAUUGUUGUUCUCGACUCGCAUAUUGAUGCGUUAAUUAAUUGUUUAUAUAUUGACUUUCCUUUGAGAUUUUAUUGUGAAUAUUUAUUAUGUAAAACUUUACAGUUUUAAUUAUGGAUUAAAUCUACGUCUACAAA